AUCAUAAGCACUAUUGUGUAGAGUAGGAGUAUAAUUUAAGCUCGUACUCCCCAUUAUUUAUUUGGGUAUUUCAGAGUGAGGGUGGUGUAUCCGUCAGCCGCCUCAUGGUCUCCGGUGGCUGCCUGCUGUCACCAUCUACAGCCAAACAAAUUUACAAGAUAUAGGUUGCAAAGCAUAAAAUUUUGAUACAUACUCAUGGAAGACAAUGAUGUAUCAGAUGCUAUGGAAGUAGUAGUGACUAAAACUCAUCAGCCACCAGCAGUGGUUAAGAUAGAGAUACCAUACAGUUCUCAAAGAGAAGCUGAAGUGGUACGCAACAGCCUGCAAGUGGACAGAGAACCAAAGAGAAGCGGAUCAUCAAAAGUUUUCUCCAUCAAGGAAAAUAUCUUAUGUGUAGAGAUCAGAUCACCAGAUGUUCGGCAACUAAGAACAGCAGUGUCUUCUUUUAUGGACCUUUUACAUCUUGUGACAAAGACUGUAAAUCAGUUUGGCCCACCAGUGCAACAGAGUAAAAAAGUAUGUGUGUAAUGACAAAGAUCUACUAGAUUUAUUGAUAUUUACUGUUUGUGACAGAAAGUAUAAAUCUUUGUAAUAUUUGGCUGUCUAAUUGCAUUUAUAAUUUGAAGAUAUUUACUCUUAUUUGAGGUGUACAAAGACAACAUGGGAGAACAUAC